AUGAGCUCCGCAGCAGAUCGACUACCCCGGCUCCCAGCCUGCCACUUAUGUUAUCAGAAGAAAAUCAAAUGUGACAGCACCAGGCCAACAUGUACUCCGUGUUCGAAAACUGGCAGCGACUGUGUUGUGCUCAAUUCUGGUGGUGACAGAACACUUUCACGAGCAGAAAUAGAUCGAUUAGAACAGCUUGAAAGACAGUUGACUCAAGAUGUGGACACCUUGCCCGCCGAUGAGGUCCAAUCGUGUGACGAUGCGAACCAGCCUGCCGCAGAGACUGGUCCAACUGUCAUCUCGAUCGAGAACUCAACUGUCUCACACGGAGAGGGACUCGGAUUCAUGGCUUCUCUCUUCGCAGAUCCAGACUUGAGAAGAAACAACACCGAAUUACUACAACUGUUGGCGAGAGUUCCUAGCGCCUCUGAACCUAUUCUUCAACCUUGCGGUCCUCCUCCAGACGAAGAAGGCAAGGCUCUGUUCGAUAAAUAUCUGAGUUGGUCUCACGUGCAAAGUCCUUUUCUUCGCCGAGACGAGGUCAAGAGUCUCUGUGGCCGGGUCUUCUCACACGAAUCGGCCGGCCAACCUGCUUCAAAUCACGAUCUUUUUCGCGCAUGUAUGAUCCUUGCAAUCGGUUCAGUGCUUCCAUUCCUGAAUGGCACCCACGACCAGCACCCCGAAGGAUACUAUCUCGCUGCCUUGCAACGUAUGGGGCCAGACUUUCUUACACGAGGCCUAGCCUCAAUCCAAGACCUGCUCUUAAUAUGCCGCUUUGGUAUCUAUCAUCGGAUAGGCACGUCCAUUUGGGAUGUCGUUCGGCUGUGUGGUCGUCUGUGCAUCGAACAAGGAUUGCACCACAACGAUAACGACUCUAUGAACUUCAUGCAAGUUCAAAUGAAGCGACGAGUUUUCUGGCAAGUCUACAUGAUUGACAGAUAUAGCUCUACGGUCCUGGGAAAACCAUUUAGUAUCGAUGAUCGCGAUAUUGAAGUCGGCUUUCCGGCGGAUGCAAAUGACGAGGAAAUUGUCACUGCUAAUCAAAUUUCAAGCAAUUUUGAGGAUUUUCGAUCAUCUCACGCCACCCUGGACACGACCGAGAUGACCGUUUUCUUCAUCUCCGUGCGUUUGCGGCAAAUCUCUUCCAGAAUCCACUCCGAAUUUUCUAGACUUGCCUGCAACUACCUCCAACCUUCCAAGAGUCAUCUGGCUCCUGGUCAUAUAUUUCAAACUCUCAGCUGCUUGAUGCAAGACCUACAGCACUGGAGAGAUAAUUGCCCGGCAUUCCAGCAGCCCAAAUGUCUGUAUGAGUCGCAGGACUGGUAUGAUCUCUUGCUAGCUAGGGAGCAACUUUACCUAGUCCGACGAGCCAUUGAUCUUAUGCCCAAACGAGGCGGGAAGACGCCCCAUCAUAUUUCCGUCCUAUGCCUCAGGAUUGCACUUCGAACGAUUUGGGCUUACUCAAGACUGUGCCAACAGCGACCACUCACCACACAUACCCGCAGCUAUUUUCACAUGAUGUUUACCGCUGGUCUUUCGGUGCUGUUUUGUGUUUCUACCGCAACGAAAAUAGACAAAGAAGGUCUUUCGGAUGCUUCAGCCGGACUGAUUCGGUGUGAAGAGACACUAAAGAACAUGGCGGAGCAGUUACCAAGUGCCAAACAAUAUGUUGCCGUCUUUGAAGCUCUUCGACGAAACACCACUCGAAAACUAGACAAAGUUCUCGAGAACUUACAAUCUGACGUCCUAUCUCAAGGCAAAACACUGGAAUACACGAGAGCCGGGAUUCGGCAAUCAUCAGAAAGAUUCUCUGAACCUCUGGUAGCCUCAGGAUCUUCGAUUCUUGGUUCGCAGUGCGUCUCAGGACCCAGUGCCCUGAGUACGAAUCUUGAUACCAGAGUUCAAGAAACAAACUUUCCAGGAAGCAUUCCGAGCAACCUUUCGUUUGUGCCUGCCGUUGAGAGAGCCAUGGUGGGCAAUCCUAUAACAUUAUCCCACGGUUCGAGAAACACGUGUGGGUCAAUACCAGCCACAGCCACUUUUUCCCCGGGAAGCGGUUUCAUGGACUGGGCGCUUUUAGGAGACGAGGCACUAUGGAAUAUGGAAUCCGCCUUGGGGGAAUAUGUGUAUGGUGAUCCAGAGAGGCACAUUGGAGCGUUGGAUGCGUUUGAGUUUCAAUGA